AUGCAGGCGGGGAAGAUCGUUCAGCGGCCUUCAGGCAACGGCACGCCCGUCUUGCAACCCGUCACGCCCGGAGACAAGCCGGGGUCCGGCUCGUCCCACGGCGUGCUCGCUGCUGCCGCCGCCGCCGUGGCUGCAGCGGAUCCCUCGCCGUCGAUGAUGUCUUCCACAGCCUCGCUCGGUGCAGCGACGCCAUCAGCAAAGCCCUCAGGCUCAGGCACGUCCGCUGCUACUCGCUCCAAGACCAUCGUGCUCACCGAUGCUGGCCGUGCGCCGUGGUACAACUCGGUCGGCGAGCCGGUGCCCGCCUAUGUUGUUGGUAUCGCCGGAGGCUCCGCGAGUGGAAAGACGUCCGUCGCCCGCGAAAUCCUGAAGCGACUGCCCAAUGUACCCUGGGUCGCCAUCGUGAGCCAGGAUGCGUACUACAAGUCGCUCACCCCCGAGCAGUCCAAGCUGGCGUUCCAGGAGCAGUACGACUUUGACCACCCGGACGCCUUCGACUACGACAUCCUCAAGCAAUGCAUCAAGGACCUUCGUCAGAGCAAGGCGGUCGAGAUCCCCGUAUACAGCUUUGUCAAGCAUCAGAGGACCUCGGAGACCAACUACCUCUACGGCCCCGCUGUGCUCAUCGUGGAGGGCAUCUUCGUCCUCCACGAUCCCGAGAUUCGAGACCUCUUCGACCUAAAGGUGUACGUUCAGGCCGAUUCGGACCUCAUGCUGGCGCGCAGGAUCAAGCGCGACAUUGUCGAGCGAGGCCGUUCCGUCAACUCGGUGCUCGACCAGUAUCUGCGCUUCGUCAAGCCUGCUUUCGAUACGUUCGUCUCGGCGACCGCUCGCCACGCCGACAUGAUCGUGCCCGGCUCGCACAACGAGGUGGCCAUCGAGGUUAUCAGCCAGCACAUGGAGAAGCAGCUGCGCAACCGAUCACGUAAGCUGCGUGCUGAGUUUUACAAGACCACUGCGACACAAGUGCCCGCUCAGGCUGUUGCCAUGAGUCCGUACGACGGCCUGGGGUCGCCGAACGAACGACGCGCGAGCGCAACGCCGAUGAAGCCACUGCUGAACCGCAACGAGUCGUUCGGCCUCUCGGCACCGCAGCUCGUGCGCGGCAUUUCCAGCAUGUCAGUGGCUGACGAUACGAGCCUGCCACCGAACGUGAUCAUGCUGGCGCAGAAGCCGCAGUUGCAAGGCCUUCUCAGUAUCCUGCACGACCGAUCCACCCCGACGUCCGAGUUCACGUUCGCCUGCAAGCGCGUCGGCACGCUCGUGGUGGAGCUGGCCACCACGCUGCUUCCCUACAAGCCCAAGGAGAUCACCAUCCACGGCGGACGCAAGCACAUUGGCCACGAGCUCAACGUCUCGAGCCUCUGCUCGGUCUCGAUCCUGCGUUCCGGUGCGGUGCUGGAACCAUCGCUGCGGCGCGCUUUCCCGGCCAUGUCGCUCGGUAGCCUGCUGAUCCAGUCGAAUGAAGAAGACGGCGAACCGCACCUGUACGAUGUUUCGCUGCCGUCCUUCAUCCGUCGGCGCGAGACCGCCGAGCAGUCGUGGGUAUUCCUGCUGGAUGCGCAGAUCGGCACGGGUGCAGCGGCGUUCAUGGCGAUCCGCGUGCUGCUGGACCACUCGGUGCCCGAGCACCAGAUUAUCUUCCUGACGCUGCUGGCGAGCUCACAGGGCGGCAUCCACGCGCUCAACCGUGCCUUCCCGCGCGUGCGCAUCGUGGUGGCGGGCGUCGACCCAGGCUUGCAGAAGCUGCGCAUUCCUUGGCAAACAUCGGCGAGCAGCAGCGCGGCGGCCAAGCACCAGCGCACCGAGUCCGGCGAGGCGAUGCGCAGCUUCGCAGACAACGCUCCUGUCGACGAAGAUGAUCUGUCACCAGGACUCAACAGACGCAGCGAUCUGCACCUGCUGGCGUCACCGCCUUUGCUCAGCAUCGACGGUCGUUUCGGUAGCCAGGCUGAGAGGGGCGCAGCGCGGGGGUCGAGCGCCAACGUGCCGAGGCAGCCGAGCACCACGCAGUCGCCAGCCAAGGGCAGUCGCGUCGUCUUUGCCAUCACGCCCGGCUGCGGAUCCAUUGGUGACCGAUUCUGGGGCACCGGCUCGCGAUGA